GUUUGGUAGGAUAAGGGAUAAAAUAUACAUAGAGAGGGGGGAUCCAAUCCGGUUCCAGCUAGUUCUUAGUACUGCUCGGACGUUUAAUGUGAAGUUAUACAGACGGCUUGUGAAGGUGUAGACUGUAGAGGUGUACCGGCUGGCUGACCCACAUAUCUCAUUUAUCUUCCCUCCACGACACUGUGAAAGGCUCUUUAUUCUCUUUAUUAUCUCUGAAAACCUGAGCAACAAUGGGAAGGAAAGGAGCAAAAGAAGCAAAAACCACGGACCCAAGCGAGCCAAGCGCAAAGGUUGCAAAGGUGGUGGAGAAGGUGGAGAAGAUGGAGAAGGGCCCAGAGAAACAAAGGAGAAUUUCUGAGCGGUUGAAAAAGCAGGCACAGCCAGAACCACAGGUGAAGACGGAACCUGCCAAGGCCAAAAAGCCAGCCAAAGCCGCAGCAAAGGCCAAGCCAGUGGCAAAGAAAGUUGUAGAAGAAGAGGAGGAGGAGGAGGAGGAAGAAGAAGAAGAACCCGCGGUUGAGAAAGAAGAGGCUCCUGCAGAAAACGGAGAUGGCAAAGCUGAAGAGGCUGCAGCAGCAGAUGAGGAGGAGGAGGAGGCGGAGGAGGCAGAAGACAAGGCUGAGGAGGAAGAUGAUAAAACAGCAGAGUAGUAGUGACACCUCUAGACUCAUGUGCCAGGGCUCCCUGUACCUCGUUUCUUGUACAAUGCAGAGAAUAUUUUUAUCUACUAUUUUCAUAAGACAGUAAUGUUUUUAGGCAGACGUGCAUUUUUAAAAAACAAUACUACAAUCUCCAUUCAGUUUCAUGGCCUCUCGGUCAGGUUGUGUUGGUUUGUUUUUCUGUCUUGUCUCUUUGGCUUCUUAUUUUGCCUUUUAGGUUGUAGUUUUCUGCAUGACAUGAAGUCGUGCCUAUAUCAGGAAUUUGAUGUUCAACUCCGGGAGAGUUUACCCGAGACAUUCCCGAGGCGUCUUGAGGGACUUUGUAACCUGUACUGUUUUGGAAUUUAAUACAUCGUAAUACUAUGUGUUUGAUAGGGAAUAGGAUGAUUGAAAGUUGUGAUCUAUGCUAAAGAAAAGUCUCGUUCACAACAUUCACUUUAAUCAUGUUCACUAGUACUGGACUUGUGUUUUUUAUGCUGUCAUUUGAUGGUACAUUUCAGGAUGGUUAGUCUAAUCCAUACUCAGCUGUGCUCAAAACAAUGCAUUACAGAGCUAAUCAUACUGGUUUAUCCUUUUAGGAUUACUGUAUUUUCACCUCAGUCUACAAAAUGUAUAUGCCACAUAUUUGUGGAUAUAUCCAUUGCGGUUUGGGGAUUUCUCUUCCAAUGUACAGUUUCCUCCGUUUUUUAUAAAAAGGAAAAAUAAAAUAAAAAUGUUUUCUUUGUUAUGAAUGGUAUAAAAUGCCAAAUAAAGUGGGAAUUCCUCUAAA